AAAAAAAUCCCAUUCUCUCCCACACAAGAGAAGAGUGCGCAUACUUAAAUCAACACCCCCAAACAAAAAUCAACGCAUCAAUUUUCUCAACAUCAUCACCAUCUUCUCUCUCUCUUUCUCUCUCUAUCGAAGAAUCUAGGGUUUUGGAACAGUGAAUCUCCACCGCUUGAGGUUCUUCUGCAAACCAAGUUUAGGAGACAAUAUGAUAUUUCUAGUUGCCAUUGCAAAAGAAGGUGCGAACUAAUAUUCCUGUAGUAUGGCAACUGAAAGUCCAAUUAGAAUCUCAGAAGCUGGGGGUAAGUGGCCGUCUCAUAAGGAAGCUGCAACUUUUGGUCAACCAUCUCAUAACAUGGUGACUGAGGAUUUGGGUAUACUUUUGAAGGGCCAUAGGUUCCAUGGCAGGGGACACGAUGUUGCACCCAAUCGCAGUGGCAGUGCACCUCCCAGCAUGGAAGGUUCAUUUCUGGCCAUAGAAAACCUAUUACACCAGCAAAACACCACCGAGAAUACAAGUUUGACAACGCUAAGCAGAGCUGUGCAAAAUUGUGAGUCUGAAGAACAAUUACGAGCCAGUCCAGCUUAUUUGGCAUAUUACAGUUCCAAUGUCAACCUAAACCCUAGACUUCCUCCCCCGCUUACAUCCUGGGAAAAUCGCCAUCUAGGGCAUCAUAUUGGUAGUUUUAGAGAUAAUGGGAGGUUUUCUUCUGAUCAUGGCAGUAAAAGUUCUCUUUCAACACACAAGGAAGAACCCGAGGAUGAUUCACCCAAACGGCCAUAUGAAAGUGAAUUAGUUAAAACAACUGGAGUAUGGCAUAGACCAGGUGCAGCUUCAUUGACAUCACAGCACAAAAAUGCAGUUGAUCUAAUUCAGGAAGAUUUUCCUCGCACCAUGUCACCUGUAUAUAACAAGUCUCCUUCUGCAAGUCAUGGACUGGUGGAUAAAUCAGUUGACUCAGAAGCCGGUUCUAGCUCUUCUCAUGAGGCCUCUAAUAGUGCUGUAGAUUCUGCCCAACCUACAGCAGAUGAAGGUGAUAUAAGGUUGUCAUCAAGUUUUGAUACCCAUGCCCCAGUCGCAAGCUCAUCAUCACUUGAAUCUACAGCCAGCAUGGGUUUUAGUGACUUGAAUGUUGCUACUAUUGAGUCUCAACUAAAGGCUCUUAGUGUAUCUAAUCUACCAAAUCCAGAAAGCCUGAGUUAUGAAGAAAAAUGGAAGACCAUCUACCAGAACAAUUUGAUGCAACGCCAGGUAUUCCCGCAACAAAACAAUCCAUAUGAAGUUCCUAGUGCCAAUUCUCAAAGUGUAAACUCUGCCUACGUUGUUAGGGAACAGUUUCCUCAAAAUUCAGGCAAGUUCCCAGAUGUCCAACCACUACUGCAGUCAUCUGGGUUUACACCUCCCCUAUAUGCCACAGCAGCAGCUUAUAUGACCUCAGCAAAUCCAUUUUAUACUAAUAUGCAGGCCCCAGGCAUAUAUACUCCACAAUAUGUUGGAGGGUACACUUUAAAUCCUACAGCUAUUCCUCAGUAUAUUACUGCAUACCCUCCUCAUGGUGCUGUGCCACUUGUUGAUGGGGCCUCUAGUUCCAGAUACACCCCAUUAACACCAGGGGUUUCAACUGGUGGAAGCAUUUCACAUGGAGCUGAAAUGGUACAUGCAAACAAGUACCUUGGGCAAUUUGGAUAUCCUAUGCAGCCUUCUUUUGGUGAUCCUUAUUACAUGCAGUAUCAUCAGCAACCUUUAAUGGAGGGAUAUGGUAUUUCUGGUCAUUUUGACCCACUGGCACCUAGAGCAAGUGAUGCUAGCCAAACUAGUCCGUAUGAUUCUCAAAAAAGGCCUAGUACUGGUGCUUAUUUAGAUGAUAAAAGAAUACUUGAUCAAAGAACUGGUGCUAAUAUUAACUCAAGAAAAGGUGGAUCAUUGACUCCUAGUUAUUUUGGGCAUAUGCCAAACAUGGGUUUUGUAAUGCAGUAUCCAAAUUCCCCACUUCCUAGUCCAGCUUUCUCGGGAUAUCCAGAAGGAACUCUUGGCCUUCCAGGAGGUAGAAAUGAAAUGAAACUUUCCCCAGCUUCUGGUAGAAAUGGAGGCAUAUUAUCUGGAUGGCAAGGUCAGAGGUCCUUUGACAGUGCUCAUGACCCCAAAAUUGUUAAUUUUCUUGAAGAGUUAAAAUCUGGCAAAGGUCGUAGAUUUGAGCUAUCUGAUAUUAUUGGACAUAUUGUUGAAUUUAGCGCUGAUCAGCAUGGGAGUCGAUUUAUACAGCAGAAGUUGGAAACUUGUGGUGUUGAAGACAAGGCAUUGGUGUUCAAAGAGGUUCUCCCACGUGCUUCUAAACUAAUGACUGAUGUAUUUGGUAACUACGUAAUACAGAAGUUUUUUGAGUAUGGAAGCCCUGAGCAGAGGAGGGAACUUGCAGAUCAACUGGCUGGUCAGAUACUGCCUUUAAGUCUGCAGAUGUAUGGCUGUCGUGUGAUCCAAAAGGCACUUGAGGUUAUUGAUCAUGAUCAGAAAGCUCAGCUUGUUCGUGAGCUAGAUGGAAAUGUUAUGAGAUGUGUUCGUGACCAGAAUGGGAACCAUGUAAUACAAAAGUGCAUUGAAUCUAUUCCAACAAAAAAAAUUGGCUUUAUUCUAUCUGCAUUCCAUGGUCAAGUUGCUAAUCUAUCAAUGCAUCCUUAUGGUUGCCGAGUCAUACAGAGAGUUCUAGAGCAUUGUACAGAUGAGGUUCAGUGUCAGUUUAUUGUGGAUGAAAUCUUGGAAUCAGUUUGUGCUCUUGCUCAGGACCAGUAUGGUAAUUAUGUUACCCAGCAUGUGUUGGAGAGAGGAAAGCCUCAAGAAAGGAGCCAAAUUAUUGGCAAGCUGUCAGGACAUAUUGUUCAAUUAAGCCAGCAUAAGUUUGCUUCGAAUGUUGUCGAGAAGUGCUUGGUGUAUGGUGAUGUCCCAGAGCGGGAAUCGUUGAUUGCAGAGAUUAUUGGACAGGAUGAGCAAAAUAAUAAUUUAUUGACAAUGAUGAAAGACCAAUUUGCGAACUAUGUGGUCCAGAAAGUUAUUGAUCUCUGUUCAGAAAAUCAACGAGCAACGUUGCUUUCUCACAUAAGAGUUCAUGCUCAGGCUUUGAAGAAAUACACUUAUGGAAAACACAUCGUGGCUCGGUUGGAACAGCAAUUUGAAGAGGAUCAAUCACCCAGUUCAUGAUGAUAAUACAGAGGAAACACUUAUGUCCCAAGCAGUGCUGCUGUGUCAUGCAAACCCCAUUAGCUUGAGAAUAUGUUCUGAUUGCUGAUCACAGGAAAUAGCUGGGACACUGAUCUCUAUGCCUGCUUAUGCAUAAACCGUUGAUAGCAUCCACCUUGAUUGCUUCAAGAGACAUUACUAUGUACAUCUAUACUUGGAAACUUAAUGUAAUUAUGUCAUUCAAAUAAUUGGUUCCAGAUGCUGUUUGAGUAUAAUUAUUUGGAAGGGAAACCCUUCCUGAUGUAAAGUUUACUAGAACUUUAUUGCUUAGUGUGUGCUUUUCUUUGACAUACUAGUAAUCAAGGAUUGAUGAACUAAAUUAGUCAUUGCCGCAUGUAAA